AGAGGAAGGUUAAACCUUUUCCAAUUCCAGUAUUGGUGUGUUGGAUCUGUGUGAUAUUGGAUGGCGGAAGAAGAGGAGAGAACGAACGGCUGCGAUGAAAGUGACUAUACAUCUGAGGAUGAAGGGACAGAGGAUUACAAGCGUGGUGGAUAUCACGCUGUUCAAAUCGGAGAUACGUUUAAACACGGACGAUAUGUAGUGCAGAGUAAGCUUGGUUGGGGCCAUUUCUCAACUGUUUGGCUCGCUUGGGAUGUCCUCAAAUCUACGUAUGUAGCUCUGAAAGUCCAAAAGAGUGCUCAGCACUAUACUGAAGCGGCAAUGGAUGAGGUUACAAUAUUAAAGCAGAUUGCUGAGGGAGAUCCAGACGAUAAUAAGUGUGUUGUGAAGCUACUGGAUCACUUUAAGCAUUCUGGUCCUAAUGGGCAGCAUGUUUGUAUGGUAUUUGAAUACUUGGGAGAUAAUCUUUUGACACUUAUCAAGUAUUCAGACUACCGAGGGCUCCCUAUUCACAAAGUUAAAGAAAUCUGCUUUCAUAUAUUGGUGGGAUUGGAUUAUUUACAUCGCCAACUUUCCAUCAUACACACAGACUUAAAGCCAGAAAAUGUAUUGCUUCUAUCAAUGAUUGAUCCAGCUAAAGAUCCUACAAAGUCAGGUAGUCCUGUCAUUCUUCCGUCCAAUAAAAGUAAGAUUCUCUCUGAAUCUAGGGCUUCUAAAGAUGUGAAGAGUCUAAACGGUGACCUGACCAAGAACCAGAAAAAGAAAAUUCGAAAAAAAGCUAAGCGGGUAGCUCAAAAGUGUGCUGGCAAGGAAGCUUCUGAGGAGACUGAACCAGAUAAUAAAGCUAGCGGCCCUGAAGACUCUACUCAUGAUGAACCUGAGGCGAACUCAGUUGAGGAACAAACUAGUAUGAAAGCCAGUGAAGAUGUCUCAACAAAGGAAGGGCGCCAGAGAAAUCAGAGGCAUAAACGAGGCAGCCGGUCUGCUAGGGAGAAGCUAUUGGUUGAUGUUGACGUUAGGUGCAAAUUAGUUGACUUUGGUAAUGCAUGUUGGACGUAUAAACAGUUCACAAGUGAUAUCCAGACAAGACAGUAUAGAUGUCCGGAGGUUAUCCUGGGAUCUAAAUAUUCUACUUCAGCAGAUCUUUGGUCCCUUGCUUGCAUUUGCUUUGAGCUCACAACUGGUGAUGUUCUUUUUGAUCCUCACAGUGGUGACAAUUAUGAUAGAGAUGAGGAUCACUUGGCCCUCAUGAUGGAGCUUCUUGGGAUGAUGCCACGCAAGAUUGCCUUAGGUGGACGUCAUUCACGAGAAUUUUUUAACCGAUAUGGAGAUCUGAGGCACAUCAGACGCUUGCGGUUCUGGACUCUCGGUAAAGUGCUUAUGGAAAAGUAUGAUGUCUGCGAACAAGAUGCGAAUGAGAUGGCAGACUUCCUUAUACCUAUCCUUGACUUUGUGCCUGAGAAAAGGCCGACAGCGGCUCAAUGUCUUAUUCAUCCAUGGAUCACUGGAGGCCCUCGGCAUCUUGCUCCUUCGACUAAUUCUCUAUCCGAAGCAACUGAAAACCAUGUUUCAAAGAAAAACCGAGAGAAGGAUGAAAGGGAGGCAAUGGAAGUUAGAGUGGGCAAUAUUGCAAUUGAUGGGGCUUCUGGGCUAGUCAAAGCUUCUCAAUCUUAAAAUCUUGCUAGGAAGACAUAGUUGACUGAUUCAGGUGAAUGCAGUGCUGUGAGCAUUCAGAAAUUGCAGGAAUGACUCCUUUGCUUCACUGUGGGUAGAAUCGUACCAUCCCUACCUGAACUGGAGUUGGCAAGUUUAAACAGCUGAGGAAGCAGCACGUUAUUGUUGAUUUGGUGAGUGAAACAGAUUCUUUUGGUUGUAAAACUUUUGGAGGACAAUUUAUGAGCUAUCUUUCAAAUGGUUUCUUUAUAAGCUAACUUUUGGUUGUACGCUCUCACUUCAGUGAAAGAACAUUAAAUCAAUGAUGUCAAAAUUUAGUGACUAUUUAUAUUAUUACAUAACAAGUAUCUCAUGCUUCUGCUAU